AUGGCCUCCAGUAAUGUCAGCCAGCCCCCACCCCACCCCCUCAGCACAGUACCAGACAGGGGGGUCUUGAGUGGACCUCAGGGCAACAUCAGUGCAAUACCAGGCCUUGUAAACCCACCCACAGCACCCUUUGCAUCUUUAAUUGGGACUCAUACUGCUAUACUUGGAUGGAAACUAGCCAAUGUCUCUGCAGUGAAAUAUAUUAUCCAACAGGAUCGACUUCAUUACUCCACUUCAUGUGGCUUGUCCCUGAACACUUACACCGAGUAUAUAUUCCAAGAUUGGAUCAUCAUAGCUCAGUUGCAGUUAUAUUCUCCUUCCAGCUAUGUCCUCAGCAUUCAUUCUUAUGGAGAGGUCCUAGCACUGACUUGUCAACAGUUUAUCUUCAUAAUAGCAGGAGAGUCCUAUGCUGCUCCUAAACUUCAUGAAGGUCCUUUGGCCUGGCAGAGUUGUACUUAUGAUGUGAAAAUCUCCGCCCAAGAUGCUAUUGAGAUGGCUCAUAUCUUCCCCAACCUCGGUGGGACUUAGCUGAAAGUACCUGAGGUGUAGAGCUUCACCUAACAUGAAGUGACUAUGAGGAUAAAGUAUCCCAUGGGGAAAGGACCUUUAGAGAUUGUACAGGCCAAAGAGCCACCAUUUAUCAAGUUGGUGAAAGAGAAUGGACUUUGGGGUCAGCAAUUAAAUAGCUUUGGGCCAGAAGGGUUAUUGUCUUCAAAUAUAUGGAAUGUGUCAGGUAAACACUGGUAUAACAAUAGCCUCUACCAAAGCAACACUAAAGGGGAUGUUUACAUGUGGUUAAAGAGAAGAAUGGGUGUCUCCCAGGAUUAUUGCUUCUCCAGAAUUGCAGGAACAGGGUCACUGGCUUUUGAAUACUUGGUUCGCUAUCUCUACUGGGCUAGACAAAUAUGUUUCCUGAUACAGAGGUAAUCUAUGCAAACAGAACACAUAGAAAUUGUGACUCAUGUCAAGUUUUCAGGCAAUGACACAGUGGUGCAUUCUGCCAGUAGAUAUAUUUAUUGGACCUUAACAUAUUCAUUGAAGAGCACCAGACUGAAUGGAGAGUCCCUUAUAUUAUAGGCCCAGCCAUGGUUUCCUGAGAAAAGGUGGCUGCUUAAUAAGAAAAUGACCUCUAUUACUUUCUUCACUUUGAACCUCAGUGAUGGCCUUCUUUAUUGGGUAGUAGAAGACGAUCAGUGCUUGAAUCUAUAAAAGGGUUUGUGAUUUAAUGGUGUUGGUGGUACUAUCAUCACAAAAUUUGCAGCAUCUAUUUCCUCAAAAAUAUUCCAGAAUGCAUUGAAGUAUUGGAGCAAUUGACUCUUCUGGAUGAAUGAUUUUAGACUCAUCACAGUUUAGGAAAUAGGAAAGAGACCUAGUAUUUCCAUUUCUAAUCCAGAAUUUAAUCAAUUCACAAUUGUCAGAAAUGAAACUUCAGAAUCACAAGGAAAUUUUUCCUUUAUGCCUAAGGUGAUCCCUAGUUUUGUGCAAGAAUCUUCAUUUUGGAUUAAAGGGAAUGCUUCAAUUCCAUCAGUUCCUGAAAUUCCAGAGAUAUUUAUAUUGCAAAGCAGCAAAUGUGAGAAUAAAACUAUCGUGGAAUUCAAGUGGAAUAACCUAGCAAGACGAGUAGCUAUGGAAAUUUUCUAUCACAUGUUCGAUCUGAGUGACACACGCAAAAAGGUGUUUACAGACUGGAUUACUGUGAAUGUAACUCCUCAAGCCAUAUCAUUUCAACUUGAGGGAAUUCUCAAGGAUGCACCAGUCUUUGGUAGCAUCAUUACAGUUGACUAAAUUUCAAGAAAAGUCUACUUUGUGUGCAAAUAAGAGAGAACUGGAAUGCAAAUAUUUUAUAUUGAUCUCAAAUGCAAAGUCAAGUACCCCAGAGGGUUGAACUAUGUGUUCGACAAUACUCUCUUUUCUGCAUGUCCUCUUACGGCAUACAAAACUUUCCUAACUCUGCCUUCCACCACUGGGGCAUCAGCUAUACUCAGUGCUACCAAUACCAGCUUUGCCACCAACUUACCACCUGCCAAAACAAACCUUAUAUUCUGUGAAGCAGUUGACUUCAUUAACAAAAUAGUGCUCUCAAAUACCAAGUCCCCAGUAUCCUGAAGGGAGCGUAACAUGCUAAAUGGACCUGCAGAAUCAGUUGCAAUCACCCAUUUGUCUCCAAUUCCUAAAACUCCUUUAAAUCAAAGUAAGCUUCCAAAUGGAAGGCUUUCCUUACCCAUCUUUAUGCAUGUUUCGGCUGUGACUUUUCACCCCCCAUCUGACACUGGAAUUCCAAGUAAGUCAAGAAUUCCCAAAUUACUGGAAGGGAAUAAAAAUUAAGUGGAAAAAGUCAAAGAUAAUUGAAGUAAUCUGACAUGCCACAUCCUUGAGAUUGAGAAAGGGAGUUGGAACAAUUCACAGGAAUGGGGCUUAGCAUGGAAGAUGGCAUUUAAUGGGCCCUGUGGGAGUAUUUGCAUGUGGAAGUCAAAGGUCCUAGAAGAAAUAUAGUUCUGAGCAGUAGCAACAAACAGCCUGCGGUUUGGUGAAUACAGUGAUAUCAGAGAUAAGAUUUCAUUGGUUCAAGGUUUGAGGAGGGAUUGGGUCCUGCUGCCAUCAUGCCUAUAUCUCAAAGCUAUCUUGUCCUGCCACUAUGCUUGUAUCCUGAUUGGCCUGGGGAACCAUGCCAAAAAGGGAGGCUGGUAUCAGUGGCAGUGGCGGUGCCCUGUCUUCAGAGAAGGAGUGACACAUUUUGUUAAUGAAAUCAAAGAGUUGGCAGAACUGAGGGUACUGGCUGGAGUAGUACUGGCUAAUGUAUGCUAUGCAUUCACUAUGACUCUUCUGACCCAAUAAGAGAUUGAAUAUCUUCUUUCCUUUUCUCGGGAAAAGCUGACUCUGCAUCUCUUGCUGAGAAAUGGGACCUUUGGAAAGGCAUUUGAAGGGACAGCAAAAGAUAUUGUAGGUUCUGGAAGCAAAGACAUCAAAAUAGCAGUGAAGACUCUAAAGAAAGGCUCAAUGGCCCAAGAGAAGGUUGACUUCCUGAAGGGGGCACACUUGAUGAGAGAGUCUGAUCACUCCAACAUUUUGAAACAACCCAUAGUUUUCAGUGAACCCCAAUAUAUCAUCAUGUAACUGACAGAAGGAGGAGCACUUCUCACAUACUUAUGCAAAGCAUACACAGCAAUGUUCUGAGGUUCUAUUCUCAUUUUGGAUGACCUUGUGAACAUCUGUGAACAUAUUUCAAAAGGUUGUGUCCACUUAGAACAACUGCACUUCAUCCACAGAAAACUGGCUACUUGAAACUGCCUUGUGUCAAUGAAACACUAUACCAGUCCAUCCCAGAUAGUGAAAAUCAAGGACUUUGGACUUGCCAGAGACAUUUAUAAAAAUGAUCACUACAGGAAAAGAGGAGAAGGGCUACUCCUGGUCUAUUGGAUGGCUCCAGAAACUUUGAUUGGUGGAAUAUUUACUACCCAAUCAGAUAUACAGGUGCAGCAGAAUUCUUUCAAAAAAAUUUCGAUAGGUGAAGAUGGUAAUGUGUUUUAUGCUGAUUCAGCUGAUAUGCUUUUAAUCGCUUCCAUGAAAACCAAGGACAAGAAAGGCCUAAAUUACAUGGUAUUAGCUAAAGAAUGCACCCAAGAUCAACCAGAUUCAGAAAGUCCUCUUAACUCAGUAGAAAUGGUAUCCUUUGACCUUAGGAAAGAAGAGAAGGAAUCACACACAGACAAAGAAAUCUGCCAAGAUAAACAAGUGGCUGACUGCCCUCUUCUUGGCAAGCCUGAGAACAUGAACUAUGUUCAUCUCACUCACAGUGAUUGUGAAGAUGGGCCCGAUUAA